CGGCUGGGCGGGCCAGACCCUGGAGGCCCGGGGGGCCCAGCCCCCGGGGGAGAGCCGCGGCCGUCAACUGCCAGGGCCCCGCGGGGUGCCUUGUACUAUAUGCCCUUGUGCUGCCUCCUUGCAUAUAUCUACCCAAAGACACACAGUUCAAAUACUUCAGAGGAAGGAUUAAUGUAAACAGACUCUAAACAUUGACUUUCAACUAGCCAGGGUCUUCCAUCAUACUCUUCUCUUGUGGCCCAUGUGCUACUCCCUUUGCCCUCUUUGUGUGACUGGCCCCCAACGCAAUGUGUGUUUGUCAAACCAUGGAAGUGGGGAAGUAUGGCAAGAAUGCAAGUCGAUCUGGAAACCGGGGAGUCCUCCUGGAGCCCUUCAUCCAUCAGGUGGGCGGCCACAGCAGCAUGAUGCGCUAUGAUGACCACACCGUCUGCAAGCCCCUCAUUUCCCGGGAGCAACGUUUCUAUGAAUCCCUUCCCCCAGAAAUGAAGGAGUUCACCCCUGAAUACAAAGGUGUCGUGUCUGUCUGUUUCGAGGGGGACAGCGAUGGCUACAUUAACCUGGUGGCCUAUCCUUAUGUGGAAAGUGAGGCCCUGGACCAGGACGACCCCCCCGAGCGAGAGCAGCCCCGACGCAAGCAUUCUCGCCGGAGCCUACACCGCUCGGGCAGUGGCAGUGAACACAAGGAUGAACGGGCAGGGCUGGUCCCGGAGAGCUCAGAUAGCUUGCAGGAGUUGAAGAGCCCCAAGAUGGAGCUGCACAUCCACUCAGAAGUUCCCUUCCAGAUGCUUGAUGGGAACAGCGGCCUGAGCUCAGAAAAAAUCAGCUACAACCCCUGGAGCCUUCGCUGCCACAAGCAGCAGCUGAGCCGCAUGCGCUCAGAGUCCAAGGAGAGGAAGCUCUACAAGUUCCUCUUGCUGGAGAAUGUGGUGCAUCACUUCAAGUUCCCCUGUGUGUUAGAUCUGAAGAUGGGGACCCGGCAGCACGGCGACGACGCCUCGGAGGAGAAGGCUGCCCGGCAGAUGAAGAAGUGUGAGCAGAGCACCUCUGCCACGCUGGGCGUGCGAGUCUGUGGAAUGCAGGUUUUUCAGCUGGAUACAGGGCAUUAUUUGUGCAGGAAUAAAUACUACGGUCGUGGGCUCUCAAUCGAAGGCUUUCGCAAUGCUCUCUACCAGUAUCUCCACAACGGCCUGGACCUCCGGAGAGAUCUUUUUGAGCCCAUCUUGAGCAAACUUCGGGGUUUGAAGUCUGUGCUGGAGAGGCAGGCCUCUUACCGCUUUUACUCCAGCUCGCUCCUCAUCAUUUACGAUGGGAAGGAGUGCAGGGCAGAGAUGUUCCUAGACCGCCGGGCAGACGCACGCUCGAAGAACGUGGACUUGGGGCUCCCCGAGAUGACACCCGACGGCACCGGCCCCAGCACCAGCCCCGAGACGUCCCCCUCGGCCACCCCCAAGGUGGACGUCCGCAUGAUUGACUUUGCCCACAGCACGUUCAAGGGCUUUCGGGAUGACCCCACUGUGCACGACGGGCCCGACAAGGGCUACAUGUUUGGGCUCGACAGCCUCAUCACCAUCAUGGAGCAGAUGCGCGAGGAAAACCAGUAGUGUCCUACGCUGGGCCCCCGCGUCAGUCACUCCCCAGAGCCCUCCCCUCUCCACCCACAGGCAGGGACCACCCACUCUGAACUCACCACAUAGGGCGGACGAGACAGACUUUGGUUUUCAAGGGUUCUAUUUCUCUUUGGUGUAAACAGAAAGGAAUGAUUUUAGCUGUAGCCCGGAAUACAUAUAUAUAAAAGUGAAGGAGAGAGAGGAGAAAGCAGAAGCUGUGCUCAGCCACUUUAUCACCUUGUCCAGGCUGGCUUAGGAAGAGGAUCUGCGGACGUCUGGGCCUCGGUGAGACUCAGCUGCUCUGGCCUUGUGCGUCCGCAGGCGCGUGCCUGGUUUGUGGCCAAAAGGAGGAUCUGGGCGGGGGCCAGGGACCACAAGCUCUUCCGACUCCACCGACCCCUUGAUCGGCUCGCUCAAAGGCUCCAGCGCAGGUGCCUGACUGAAAGGCAGGCUUUUCAGUCGGGCACACGAGCCCCUGGGCUCUUGCAUGUCACUUAUUCCGGAGAGGGUCUGGGGGCACCAGACCCACCUGUAGCAGGUGGGGACAAGCGAGAGGGACUCUGGGUAGCAAACAGUCUGGUGUGAGGUGUCUCUUAGGUCUGUGGAGAAGAGGAAUGACUAAGAAAAAGAGUGAGAGAGAGAAAGUGUGUGAAUGAGUGAGAUUGUGUGUGUGAGAGAGAGAGUGUGUGCACGCAUGUUUUUUUCAGCAUCCCCUAGCAGGGAUGGGGGGAAGAACAGCCAGUCAGACUUCUCUGGUGAACCAGGUUGCCUGAAGAGAGAGCUUUGGAAACCACACUCCCCCCCAUCUCCCCAGCUACUUGCUGCUGCUACUGCUGCUGUUUCUUGCCUUUUAAAAUUGAGCUGCAAGAGACUGAACUAAGCCAUUUGAAGAUGGGAUGGGGAAGAUAGCAGGUUUGUGAAGUUGGACCGGUAGUUAAAAGAAUCCAGGUGAGCUUGAGACACAGGAGCAAAGACCAGCCUCAGCAAGUAUUUGGCUUCUCUGGCCCUCCUUGGUAUCCCUGAUUGAACCCCACUUCACUUCCUACCAUCUGGCUGCAUGCAUCCAAACUCUUGCAGCAUGAAAAGUGUUUCCUUCACAAACCUAGGGAAGUGAAUUUUAAUCCUAUUCUCUUCCCCUUUCCUCACUCCCCCUCAUUCCCAGCGGAUCAUUUUUGGGCACUGGGCAGUAGAUGGGGAAGGGCUGGAAUGAUGGAUCAUGACUAGGGCUGCUUCUGGCCAUCAGCUUAGAUGGGGGCUGGAGACUUGUUUUAGGGCAGGGAAAGAAGGCACUUAAAUUGAUUAGCUCUUAAGAUCUCCAACCUUGGCUGCCAUAUUGCUUCUUACUGCUUUUUCCCAGGAGCCCCAGAUCCUAUAGAACUCUUAAGGUGUCACAUGAUCUGCACCUCCUGUUUCAAGAGUGGCUUGGUCAGGAGCUGCAGGCCUUGCUUAAUAAACUAGGACACAGAAGUGAGAAGUACAAGCCUUGGAAAUGAGCCCCCAGUGGGUCCUGGCUUCUUUGGUGCCCCUGAAUUUGAAGUUUAAAAGGGACCGUGUUGAGUGAUAUUUCAGGAUUUCUUUAUUUCCACCAGGGCCAGCUCUUAGGUUUGUCCCAAGCUAUGGGCUGCCCUGUGUAGUGAUGAGGGUGGCUGCCUUUGUUUUCCCCACUGAGAUUCACCCCUUUGUGUACUCCCUUCUCAAGCAACUACUAACUGGGGUUCUUCCCUUGGAGUUGGACUCUUUAUAGAUGCUGAAGUUUCUGGAGGAAGUGGAUUAAGUUGUAGGAAGUACCACAAGAUGGGCUCUUCCUGUUGAACGAUCUCAGUGCACAAUGGUUAGCAUAACCAAGGGAGGCAGCUGGAGUGAAAGUGAAGCCAAAGCUGAAGGCUUAGUUUUCUCAGCUCAGAAAGAACUUUGGACUCUUGGCCCAGCCCUUGCCUCUCUCUGGGUCGAAGGACCAGAACAGGUCGCCCAAGGCUGGCGGCCACACCUGGUUUACAGGUCUGAAGUACUGAGAGUAGUCUUGGGCGGUGAUCCACCACAUUGGGACUUCUUGACAGCCUAGAUACCGAGAGUCUCCCAGAGCCUUCACUGAUACUGCCAGUCUGGACAGCUCACUGAGGACAACCUGUUCCGGGCUCCUAGGCUCCAGAGGGACUCAGAAGCAUGCUUGUGCACGAGAGAGCGUUGUGUGUAUGAUAUCUUUAACCUCAUUUUCCUGUAGGGAACUCAGCAUGUAUCAUUGUUACCUUAUGUCUAUCUCGGCUUCAGCGUGGAAAGGAAGCUGAGCCAUCUCUAGAUGAGACCGUGAGGGAGAUGGUCUCUUUCUUUUUAGACAUCCAGGCACUCCAUCUUACGGUUGGUCCUGGAGCUUUGAGAGUUUCCCUCAGAGGUAGGCUGGCCUCUAGAUCUGGGCCUCUGGAGAGCCCUCCACCAGAAGGGAUUUUGAAGUUAAAACGCCAUUGACUGGUUAGCUCAAUGACCCCUGGGAGCAGCCCCAGAGCCUUCUGGUGAUGACCCACUUCUCCCUUGGCUCUGCUGUGGCCUCCACCAUGGGAGACAGGUGCCUUUUAAGAGCAGACAGUGUUCAUUCCCAGUGCUAUGCAGAGAAGACAGAUGUCUGGGAGAUUGUGCAGUGUGCCUGCUUUAGCUUUCCAGCCGGGUCAGGCCCCGGCUGCAGCAAUCAGUGUUUCUGGGACCUUGGGACGAUGUUCCUCGUCGUGAGUCCGGCUGCCCCUUGCUGAGGAGGAACAGGCUGGGCCUCCUGACUCAGUAUUCCUGGGCCCCGGCGCUCCCAGGCUGGGCCCUGCCGGGGGGACGGCAGCAGGCUGUGAGGGUGGCCUUAGAGCAAGGGAACAACGGGGUGAGCCCACGCCCAGUCCCACGGGGGUGGGGAGGGGGGUUUUUGCCUUCCUGGGAAAUGACAGUGAAAGCCACCUUUCAGAUUUAGAGAGCAUACCAAGACCUUCAUCCAAAACUUAGGGGGGACAUCAUUAAAGACAAGGGACACCCCCGGGAGCACUGGGCAGUGGACACUUAACCAUCCUUCUUCCCGCCCGUCCAUCCCAGCCUGUGGCCUGUAUCUCGUGGCCAACUUGGGGGGAAGGGCUGUGUGAUCCUAGCACUGGACCAAAGAGAAGGAUGGCAAAGGGAGUCUAGCGCACACGGGUGCUUUUGUUUGAAAUCUCUGUACAGUAUUUACGGGGGGCCAAUGAGUAAGCACUAGCCACUUGCAAGAAAUGGAAGACAGGGCUUUUGAUGUCAGGCCUCCAGCAGGUCUGUGAAAUGGGAAUGGACCAGGGAGGGCUGGGGCUCCCCCAGAACCUAGAAGGUUGCUUUGUUUGCCGCAUGGGGACAUUGGGAUCGAUUUGUAUUUCCAUGAGGGGAACACUGCUUGCUUUGCUCAUGGGGGAGUUGGUGAGAUCCCAUCUCCCACUGCUCUUCCUGGAAGGAUAAGGACAAUCAGCCACGUCAGCUCUACUGGCUUAGGAAAAAACUCUCUUCUUGUCCAGUCUCCUGCAUAGUGGCAUUAUUAUUACAUUUGUCUUCUGGCAUUUUUCUGCAUAUCUUUAGUUUUCUUUGGAACUUGUUUAGGGGCAUGAUUGUAACAGUGUCUGUAUUCACCCCGCACUGUUCCCUUGCCUUCUGUCUAAAAGUCAUGUAUAUAAAAAUAAAGUCACCUAGAACGUACAAAUGCAA